UUUGGCCCUACGCGGCUUCCUUACACAGCGUGGAUGUCAAUGACAUUCUGAGCUUUUAUAAGUCAGUGCACUUCUACAGACUGUGAAGAUGUCUUUACCCCUCUUAUUCAGAACAAUUAGAAGAGACAUUGCAAAGGUGAGCGUUUGCCAGCAUGUACAGUCGUUGCACACAGGUUGUCAGCUGCUGGCAGCUGAGAAAGCCCUCCUGAUGAAACUACGGAAAAGCACCGGCUACACUUUCACUAACUGCAAGAAAGCCCUGGAGAAGUUUGAUAAUGACAUAGCACAGGCAGAGACCUGGCUACACGAGCAGGCCCAGAAGGAGGGCUGGAUCAAAGCAAACAAGCUGGAGGGUCGUAGGGCCAAAGAGGGUCUGAUUGGUCUGUUUAUAGGAGAUAAAGAUGCAGUUAUGGUGGAGGUUAACUGUGAGACAGACUUUGUUGCUCGCAAUGAGAAGUUCCAGCAGCUGGUUAAGGAUGUGGUGUUUGCCACCUUGGCUCACCACCAGAGUAAAGGCCAAAGCAAGGCGGGAUAUGUGAAGAGUAUCCUGGCAGGUGAGGAGUUGAGCAAACUCAGUGUGGAAGGAACUUCACUUGCUGACAAGGUGGCCCUCACAAUAGGUCGCCUCGGUGAGAACAUGUCAGUGAAGCAGGCAGUGACAGUGGGCGUUCCUGCUGAGUGGCAGAUCGGCUCGUAUGUACACGGUGGUGUGAGCGGACAGACCGAGGUGCCCAUGGGUCGGUACGGCGCUCUGGUUGUAUUUCAGGGUGGAAAGGAGGGAGAGCAGGAAGUUCUGGGACGUAAGCUGGGACAGCACAUAGUGGGAGAGGCCCCUGUGUCCCUGGGCAAUAUGGAUGACCUGCCCUGUGGGGAAAGUGAGACACGCCUGCUGCCUCAGACCUUCCUGGGAGACUCCAGCAAGACUGUGGCACAGUUCCUCAGGGGUCAACAGGCUCGAGUGCUGGACUUUGUCCGAUUUCAAUGUGGCGAGAAAGCCAGUGAAGAAGCAGAAUGAAGGGAGGGAAAUAAUUUAUCUAAAUGAUUCAUUGUGUGUCUUUAUUUGAUAUGAAGAUGAAACGCAAUUACCCAUUUAUUCUGUAACAUUCAGACGGUCACACAGUGUCAUUCAUGAGUUUGAUAUGCAGGCCUGCUUGUUUCAUAUUGGUGAUGAAAUUGCCCAUCCAACAAUAAAUGUUUUUUUUCUUGA